GGAGUGUUGAGGAAGAUUCUAGCUGAGAAACAUGGAAGUCUUGGUAUUAGAGAUUGAAGAUCCAGGUUGCUUUUGGGUUACUAUGAAAGGAUGUGGGCCUUACAUAGUUGAUGAAAUAGAAUAUGAAAACCUGAAUGCCGAAAUGAAUCGAUUCUAUGACAAAUCUUCUAAAGAUGUGGAUGAAGUAAAACCACUAACAGUAGAAGAAGGCCAGAUUUGUGUAGUUUUCAGUGAGGAACUGAAAUGCUGGUGUAGAGCAGUUAUUAAGUCAAUUAUGUACUGUACAGAUCAUUAUAAAGCAGAAUGUUUUCUCGUGGAUUAUGCAAAAUAUAUUUUUGUUAAAUCAAAGGACAUUAGAGUUGCACUGGAAGCAUUUAUGCAGAUCCCAUAUAGAGCAAAAAAGUGUAGACUGUAUCGCACAAAGCCAGUGACAUUACGUAUCGACUUUUGUGAAGAUACUGCAAAAAUAGUACCAGCCAACAGGUGGGAUAGUGCUGCUACUCGUUAUUUUCAAAACCUUCUCAAAGCAACUACUCAAAUGAAAGCCAAGUUAUGUGCCGUGGAAGAUAACACGUUUGAUGUUUUUCUUUAUGUGACAAUAAAAGAUGAAAAGGUAUGCGUUAAUGACGAUCUUGUCUCAAAGAACUUUGCUCGUUUUGAGGAAGCUAAAGAGGAUACAGGGAGUUCUGCAGAUUAUCAGGAGAACCAAACGUCAUUAAAUCUUGAGUCUCUUCCAGUGAAAAUCAUUAAUUCUGCCCUUGCUUUCAGGCCAGUGCUGUUUCAGGAGAAGGUCUUAACAAAUCUUGAAACAGAUCUUGCUGUUUCCAGACUCUUUCCUGAAGAGACAUACCAAAGGUCAAGCACAGAUGUAAAUGAAAAUACUGCACCUACUGUCAAAGAAAUUCCAGGUUUGCCUUUCAAGGGAAAUACAGCAGUUCACACAGACAGGCUUCAGCAGUUCUUAAAUUCUGAUCCUCUGAAGACACACAUAAUUGAAGAUGAGCAACAGAGUUUUCAAAAUCUUAGUGAAGAAAGGAACUUUGUCUUUCUUAGCAACAAAAUUGAGCCAUCAUCAGUUCUGGAAACAGCACCACUUUCUGAUGAACUGAAAAAGGAACUUACUCGGAAAAAAUUUUUAGGCCCUAACUUCACAGAAUCUUACUGUUGGCCGCCAGUAGCUCGAGGAUGUGAUGUAGUUGCCAUCUCGUAUCAAGGAAAUAAUCCUUUUUUAUAUAUUCCACCGGUUCUUACGUUUUUGCAGUUGGGAAGUUGCUACAAAGCCUUGCCAAAUGAGAAUGGACCAAUAGCACUUAUUUUAUGUCCUGGAUGGAAGAAGGCACAACUUGUUUUUGAGCUACUGAAAACAUAUGAGAGAUGCUCCAGACACCUUCAUCCAAUGUUGAUAAUACUUGGGCAGAACAAAGAAGCAGCUAGAAGUGUGAAAAUCCAAGGAUGUGAAGUAAUCGUGACUACACCGUAUAGCGUCCUGAGACUGCUGGAACAUAACAGUUUAUUAUUCUUUAGACUUUGCCAUCUUGUUCUUGAUGAGAUUGAGGUACUGUUCUCUGAUGCUGCUGAACAGGUUUUUACUAUAUUAGAAUGUUACAAGAAAGCCAUUAUUAUUGAAAAGUGGGAGUAUUCACCGCAUCAGAUUAUUGCUGUUGGAACUCGUUGGAAUAAACAUAUAGCAUACUUGAUAAAGGAGUUCAUGAAUGAUCCUUAUAUUGUGAUAACAGCUAUGGAAGAAGCUUCCAUCUAUGGAAAUGUGCAACAGGUUGUGCGACCUUGCAUGAACAGUGAGAGAACUGCUGUGUUGCUCAAAAUACUGGAUUUCACCCACAAUAAUCUUCAGAAGGUGCUGGUAUUCACUAAUUCAGUAAAUGAAGCAGAAAUGGUCCAUAAGGCACUGAAGAGCAACUCAAUAAUUUCCUUGAAAACUCAUAAAGGGAGUGAGUUUGAUUUCAAGUAUAUUUUGGAGCAGUGGACAAAAAAGUAUAGUUCUGGCACUCGUGUUGUGUUAGUUUUAACAGAUGACUGCAUGCAGUCUUUGGGAAUUACAGAUGCAACUUGCGUGAUACAUUUCAGUUUUCCUUCUCCAAGAAUCUUUGGUCAACGUCUACACAGCAUGUCUGACAACUUCUGUAAUGUGAUAAAGGAUUCUUCUGUAGAUCAGGAAUGUACAAAGGCAAGGUCAGUCUUUCUGCUAACAGAAAACAAUGCAUGUCAUGCACUUGGGAUCCUACGCUAUUUGCAGCACGCAGAAGCUGAAAUUCCACCAGAACUGUACGAUUAUAGUGCCAAGAUUCUAGAGGCUGAAGAAGAUAAGAAAUUUUCAAGGCCCCUGUGUGCCUAUCUUAAAACAUUUGGGAUUUGCAAGAAUAGAACAGUGUGUCCAGAUCGUCAUCAAGUUAAUUUACAAAUAGAUGUGCCCCAGAAUAUACCAGAUAAAAUUAUACAAACACCUGGAUGCGUGACAAUACUGCCUCUCCACAUUGUAAAUGCAACAAACUACUUUGGUCGAAUAGUAGAUAAACAAAAGGAUCAAUAUACAAUUCUUGCUGAAGAAAUUAAUGAGUAUUUUAAGAAACCUUGUAAUAAAAUUUCUGUUAAAAACGUGGAGAAGCUAGCAUUUUAUGGAUUAUGUGAGAAAACACUUUUUCACAGGGUUCAGGUGGUAGAGAUUUCCCCAAAAGAGGAGGAAAACUUGUUCUUUAAUGUCAAAAUUAAAUACAUAGAUGAAGGCAGAACAAGUCAAGUUCAGAGCUAUCAGCUGCUUCACUUACCUGCAAGGUUUCAGUGUCUGCCACCUCAGGCUGUGGAAUUUGUAGUUUGUAGAGUGAAACCCAUUGAUAAUGAAAUUGAAUGGAACCCAAAGGUAACUCACUAUAUAAAUCACAAAAUUAAAGGAAAACUACAUGAAGCAAAAAUAGUACAUACCUUGGGAAAUACAGCUUGGGUUGACCCAAUGGUCCGGGUUACCAGGUUUUCAGAUUUGAAGAUGUCUGUCAAUGAAUACAAUGUUCGAUCUGAGAUCUUGUCUACGGGUCUGGGAACUGACAAUCCAGAACAUAUAACACAACUUCAGAAGUUGUGCGGACACAUGAACGUAUUACAUCACGAAAAGAAUUUGGAUCCUUUAAGCAUAAAGGAGGAUACAGCUGGUCCAGAGAAUGCAUCCAAUCCACAGAAUAUGUCAAUACAAGAAAAUCCUACUGAAAACUGUGAUUCUUUUAAAAUUACUUCUGGGAAUCAUCCAUGUGAUGGUGUAGCUCAAAGUAAGGAAGCAGAAGACUCUACCCUGCAUCAGCAUAAAUGCUUUUAUCCAGAAAUAAAGUGGUUUCAAAAUGAAGAAACUGUUACAGUGAAGGUAAAAAUAGCAAGUGUAGCUGACUUUAAAUGUGAGUUCUCCAAAGAGAAGGUGAUUUUCAGUGCUUCUUCAGGAGACAAACUUUAUUGGGCUGACAUGGAGCUGUAUCAAUAUAUACUUGCAGAAAAGUCUACAUGUGUGAUUAAGGAUAAAGAGGCUAUUAUUGUUCUUGCAAAAGAGAAAAAAGGAGCAUGGUGCAAACUACUGAAGAAUAAGAAUCCUCAUGUGUCUUUUGAUUUUGAACACUGGGAAGAUUUUGAAGAUAAAAGCCCUUUUCCAGUUGGUACGAAAACACUGUAUUGCACUGCUGCAGUAGCCGAAGAAUUGGUUGACUCCUCAGAAGACAGUGGAACAGAAAGUGAUGAGUAAUUCGGAGGCGGAUCUCUUUCCUCUGAUAAGAAUUAUGCUUCAAAGUAGUGUCUCUUGCAUGAGCAUUUCCACUAAAUUUGAUAACACUAAACAGGUUGCAGAACUGUCCUUAAUUUUAGGAGGAAAAUAGCAAACAAACUGCUUACCUUUGGGCUCAGAAUCUGAAGAAAUACUCUAUAGAAGAACAUUACGUAUGUUUUCCAGUGCCUUCACUUUAAAAUUGUUGGCUGUAAUGAUGAUGUGCACAUAUGUACGUGUGCUGUCCAAACAGUAAAAUCUAAAGAUUAAACUUGGGUUGUGAAGCAGUUGAAUUUAUUAAUAAUUACAGAGCUUCUAGUUUACUUUAUCUGAGUGAAUUUGCUGCAUUAGCAAUAGUUAGUGAUUUUUGAAUUUCCAAAAUCCUGAUGAUCUGUUGAUUGUUUCCACCAAAUCUCUUGUAUUCAUACAGUAGCAGUUUGUUGGCAAUCACAUUUGUUAGUUCUGCAUCAAGAAAUGAUGCCUCAACUCCAAUGGCAAUUUUUGUUACUUGAUUGGAAAUAUGUUGGCUUGCUAUGAAUACUGUACAGUGCAGCUCACUGUAGUAACUAACUGCUGUACAGCUUUUGUGGAACGAGCACUGUGAUAGUAGAUUCAGUACUUGUUUUGUUUGACAUCAAUCUUCAUUUUUCAUGAAUGCUCUUAUUUCAUUCCCUCUUCGUUUACCUAAAACUCUCUUCUCCUUUGCAAAUGACCAAUAAAAUCUUGUCUGUUUAGCCCUAAGGCUUUGCCUUUUAGUAUACCAUCUUUCAGUAAACAGUUUUUCACUGUUACAUUUGUGCACAUCCAUAACAUUCUUGCAGUGAAGUAGUAAUGUAAAAGAUAUUUAUAAUAAAUGAAUCUGGUAUCGAUCUCUUUGCAUCUGUAGAUUUUAAAGCACAUAAAUCACUAUAUGGUGAUUUAGAAUAGACUUAACUUUACGAAUUUAUUUUAAGAAGCCUGAAAUUUUGUUGUAUCCUUGACUAGGAGGAAUAUACUUCCUUGUUGGCGAUGAUUAUUUCAAGAAACUUUUGUAUGCCUUUUGCUUCAAGAAUGGGAGAAGGACUGUAUUAUGUUUACAGUGGCAGUUACAGGUUUUUGAGUAUUAGCAUAUAAUAAAGCUGCUUCUUUCUGAAUAUACAAGAAUAUUGCUGAUGCCAGUGGAAAACCACCAUGUGGCAGAAACAGUUGUAAUUGUUAAUGUGUGGUUAAAAAAAAUCAGUGCUGUUGGGAACCUGACUACAACUGAGCUUAAUUAUAACCUUCACCUGAGUUACAGGUACUUGCAAAGCUGUAAUUGUACAAGUACUGAAGGAAAUAGCUAAUGUAACUAUAGUUUGGUCUUGCUCUGCAUUGUGAUGCAAAUAGAAGACUGUCGAAUCACCUAAUUGAAAAACAAAAAGUGAUGGGGCAGGAUGUUUUCUCUCACAUGUUUUGUUCUUCUUUGACUUGUCUGAUAUGUGAAUAUAAUGUAAGAUUAUUUUUCUGCUGGUAGAUAAAUGUAGUGCAUUAUUUAAUAGACAUAAAUUAUCUGUAAUUUUUGUUUGAAAAGUAAGAUACCUUAUGAGAUAGAAGCAAAAGCUGGUUUUAGCCAUACAUUCUUAGCAGCUGCCAAGAGCCAGUCUAUAAAGAGCAGUGUAAAAAACGUAGCAAUACAUUUCAAGAAUAUUAUUUUGGCUUCAAGCAAUUUUUGAUCAGGGUCUUCAUGAGCAAGAGGUUUUCUGUGGACAGCUUACUUGAAUUAGCUCAGUUGUAUUUUGGAACACCUAUGUCAAAUUCUAACAUUUCUCCUGCACUAAGAAAUUCAGUAGUCAAACAACAUAUUUUGUGGAAAAAUAAAAAAUAAAAAUCUGUGUUCUGAAGCCAUCCCUGCUCUAUCUGCUUGAAAUCCUGUACACUCAAGAAGUAAUAGGAACAGAUAGCUUGCUUUUUCCAUUUUCUUGUCAUGUUAAUCUGUAUGUUAAUGUAGUAUUUAUUUUUUGUAUUUGUCAUCGGCUACCAAAUGGAGUGAUUCUUGGAUGAUGAAGUUAUCUCUGUAAAGUCACAUUCAUGCUGAGGAUAAUUUCUGUGGUACUUCCUGUUCUAUAACUUGGAUGGUGUUGGAGAAAAUGGAUACCUGAGAAAUUAAGCUUUAAUUGAUUAUCUUGUUCUAAUUAAAAAUCUGCCUCUUCCCUUCCUGUUAACUGCUUUCC